UCUGGAAAAUGUUCGAUUACAUACACGGAAAUCAUUGAAAAAUUCAAAGCAGCUUUGGAAGGUUACGAACGAUUUUCAUUUGCGGCAUGGAUUGAAUACGAGUGCAUGAUGAAAGCAGCAUCAGUUUUUCGCUAUCGACGGCUGUAUGUGGAUAUGGAGGAUUUUAUUCGGAUGCAUAUCGGCAAAUAUCUGGAUGACAGUUUCAAUUUAUUUGAUCAUUUCACAAAAGCACACAUAUGUCUCAAUUCAGCGGAAGUAUAUCGUAAAGUUUGUAUUCUAAGAGUUACUGCAAAUUUUUUGACAAUACGUGAGUGCCUAUUAUAA